AUGGAUAGUGCUGGCCUUGGUACACUAAUAAUCGUACUCAUUACCUGCCUCUUCAUCUACAUCACAUGGAAUGCAACCUACAGGAACCGUAACCUUCCUCCUGGUCCGACUCCCCUACCGCUGAUAGGAAAUCUACUUCAGAUCAAGUGGGGACAGCUGGCAAAUUCUCUAAUGAAGGUUUGAAUUUCAAAUAUUUUCUAAAUUCACUUUUAUCAAUAUAUUCUCUGUUAACAGAUUUUGUUAAUCAUGUAUUAUUACAUUUAUUUAGAUUAAAUAAUCAUUAAACAAUCACACAUUAGAGUAAAGUGACCUAAUGGCAGUGACAUGUUUAAUGGGUUAAAGGGACAGUCCCAUGUAGGAGCACAGUGACCUAAUGACAGUGAUAUGUUUAAUGGGUUAAAGGGACAGUCCCAUGUAGGUUCAAAGUGACCCAAUGACAGCGACAUGUUUAAUGGGUUAAAGGGACAGUCCCAUGUAGGUUCAAAGUGACCCAAUGACAGCGACAUGUUUAAUGGGUUAAUUAAACAAUCACACAUUAGAGUAAAGUGACCUAAUGACAGCGACAUGUUUAAUGGGUUAAAGGGACAGUCCCAUGUAGGAACAAAGUAACCUAAUGACAGGGACAUGUUUAAUGGGUUAAAGAGACAGUCCCAUGUAGGAACAAAGUAACCUAAUGACAGGGACAUGUUUAAUAGGUUAAAGGGACAGUCCCAUGUAGGAGCAAAGUGACCUAAUGACCUAAUGAAUCUCAAUGUUUAAUGGGUUAAAGGGACAGUCCCAUGUAGGAGCAAAGUGACCUAAUGACAGGGACAUGUUUAAUGGGGUGUUAAAUUUAAUUACCACCUUCAUACAUGUAGAAAUGAUUCUGAUGGUUUCAUUUCUUGUCUCUGUUUCACAGUACAGGAAUCAGUACGGCUCAAUUUACACUGUCUAUUUUGGAACAAGACCUAUAAUUGUCCUGUGUGGGUAUGAAACUGUUAAAGAAGCGCUUGUUGAUAGAGGAGAGGAGUUUGCUGGUCGGGGAAGAAUUCCACCAAUUGAGAAACUUACACAGGGUUACGGUAAGAGAAACUUUGUCUGGCUUAUUCACUGAAGGGAGAAUUACCAGAAAUUCAAAGCAAAUUCAAACAUUUAGGUCAAAACAGCAAAAUGAAAGAAAUUAACAAAAACUCUCCAAGUCAGUUAUCAUUCCAGUAAGGCCAUUUUGACUGUUUUUAAUUUUUGAAUUUUAAAUUCACUUUGAAAUCCAGGCAGUUCUCACUUUUCUGAAUAUAUUUAUAGUGCAUACUGAAAGGUUACAAGUGUAUUUGGGAGAAAAUAAUGAGAUCAAAGGGCUUAGGAGACACAGCAAAACUCCAAGAUCAAAGCAGACGCACAUAGACACAGAGGAUCUAAUAAAUCCUAAACAUUAAAAGGUGGAGGAAAAAUGGAUAUAGCAAAGCAAUGCAAAUGCACAAAUUCACAGUAAGUAUAUACAAUAUUAAUAAGUGAAUAAAAUCACAAUGUACAGAAAUAAAAAGAUAAAAAAAGGGCUGCGGCAAUAGACAAUAUAAAAAAAUAAAAUCGAUUUUUGGAACAAAUAAGAAAUAAGUCAAUUUGAUAGUCCUCACAAAUAAUAGUCUCUUAAUAGUAGAUGUUUUAGUCUUUAGCAAGGACUUUUCUUUGGGUAGGGCAGCUGUCUUUAUUUUCUUGUUGAUGUCUAUAGAAAGAUAAAAAAUAUUCUCAGCAGAUCUGAGAUGGAGUGGGGUUUUAAUCUUAAAACCUUGGUGCCCAAUGGUCUGAAUGUAGAUUUUGAUCUAUUCAAUUUUAUUUAAAAUGACACUAUAGUCACCAGAACAACCAUAGCUUAAUGUAGUUGUUCUUGUGAGUUUAUUCAUUGCCUUCCGGCAUUUUCAUGCAAAAACAUUUUCAUGCCCCUAGGGACACCUCCAAGUGGCCACUCCUCAGAUGGCCACUGGCGGUGCUUCCUGGCUCAGUGCUGCACAGUAGGCAGCACUGCCGUUCAGCGUCUUCACACUCUGCAUGGGACCACUGAAUUUUCCUCAUAGAGAGGCAUUGACUCAAUGCCUCUCUAUGAGGAGGUGCUGAUUGGCCAAAAUGUUUUGGCCCCACCUCCUUGACGAUUUUAGCCAAUCCAAUGCUUUCCCCAGGGAAAAGCAUUGGAUUGGCUAAAAAUCAGCAAUUCUGAUGAUGUCACCAAGGAGGUGGGGCCAGUGCUGGUGGACGCGCGGCGCUGGAAAUAAGGUGAAUUUUAAUUGCUUUUAAAGGGGCUAAUGGGGGGGCAAACAUAUAUGUUUGUGUUCCUGACCCUAUAGUGUUCCUUAAAUGCUAUUUUCAUUACCUAUUUUCUCCUAAGGUUUUUUUCUUUUUAUGUAUAUUCUUGCUGUAUAGUCUCUAAAGGGUUUGGAAGGAUUCCUCUUUUAGGCUUGCUGCCUUUUCUGUUGAUUAGUGCUGAACCAUUUUUUGUAUAAAAUCAUGAUGUAGUAUAAAAUAAAGUGCACCAACGUACAAAGAUUAAAACGUAGCUCCAAAAUAGUAAUUGAAAAAUAAAAUCACAAUAUAAUUUGAAAUAAAGUACACCUAUGUGCAAAGAACACAGACUAGUCCCAAAACAUUAAUUGACAAAUAUGAUAAAUAUACUGGAUUUCAAAAUAGUGAGGCUGAAGUGCAGGUGCUGUGAUGUUCAUUGCAAGAAAAUAUUUUAGAGAAAGGAUAUAAAAAAAUGCAUCGUGCAUAAUACUGUUUUGGAAUAUAUGUAGGCAAAAAUAAAUAUAGAAUAUAGCGGAUACUUUUCUGUAAAACACUUUCUACAUGAAUAAAUAAAUAUCAUUUGUGGUCCCUUUUUCAUGGAAUUGCUGCAAACACUGCUGGCCAAGGCAACUGACUUCACAUAAUUUUACCAUGAGUUACGUUUUUCAGGAAUAAGUUUAACCAAUGGAGAACGAUGGAGACAACUGCGAACCUUCACUUUUAAAUCCCUGAGAGAAUUUGGAUUUGGGAAGAAAACGUUUGAGGAAAAAGUUCAGGUGGAAGCUAAAAGUGUGGUGGAAGAGCUUAAAUUACUGAAAGGUUUGUACCAGUUUACAUAAAUUCCUCCCCACUUCCUCCCAGACUCACACACUCUGGUACACAAGGAACACACAAAAUGGCUUGAACACAUUAAAAAGAAAUGCAAAAUGAGGCUCUAUAAAUGUAAACCAGCAAAACACAUAUGGGAUACGGCUGUGGAAGCUAAAAAGAACAUAGACAAAACAUAGUGUAAUAUAAUUUUAACAAAUAAUAUGCGCUGUACAAAAAUGCACUCACAAGAUGUAGACGUAUUAUGCACUCAAAGGGUGCCUCUCUUUUGUUUUGUUUUCUAUAAAUGUAAACCCUACCCUAUAGCGGCAUUGCAGGAUGGAAAACGGUCAGGGGCUUUAGCCAACAGGUACAUUUUUAUUACAAUUCUGUUACAUAGUUACAUAGCGGAAAAGAGACUUGUCUCCAUCAAGUUCAGCCUUCCUCACAUAUGUUUGUGCUGUUGAUCCAAAAGAAGGGAAAAAAAACCUUCUUGACCCCAAAAUGUCAGUCUGAUAUCUCCUUGGAUCAAGCAGCUAUUACCCCACUAAUUAGAAAUAAUUAGAAAAUGUUAUGUUUUUGGAAGUAUUUAUCCAAUUGCUGUUUAAGCAUCUAUAUAGACUCUGAUAAAACCACAUAUUCAGGCAGAGAAUUCCAUAUCCUUAUAGUUCUUACUGUAAAAAAAAACAAACCUUUUCUUUGCCUUAGAUGAAAUCUCCUUUCUUCCAGCCUAAAUGUGUGACCUUGUGUCCUAUGAAUAGCUCUGUUUAUGAAUAGAUUUCCAGACAAUGGUUUGUACUGGCCCCGAAUAUUUUUGCAUAAUGUUAUCAUAUCCUCUCUGAGGAGCAUUUUUUCCAAACUAAAGAGAUUUUAAUUUUUUAACCUUUCUUUGUAACUAAAAUGCUUCUUUCCUUUUAUCAAUUUUGUAGCUCAUCAGGAUCAUCAUCCCUCUUUAGAACAGGUACCCAAAAUUGCACAGCAUAUUCAAGGUGUUGUCUUACCAGCGAUUUAUAAAGAGACAAAAUUAUAUUUUUAUCCUGAGAAUUUAUGCCCUUAUUUAUACAUGACAAAAUCUUACUGUUCUUAGCAACUGUAGAUUGACAUUGCCUAAUUUGUUGUCUAUAACAAUUCCCAAAUACUUAUCGUUUGUGGUUAUCCCUAAUUCAUUACCAUUUAGGGUGUAAGUUGCUUGUGCAUUCUUGACCCCGAAGUGCAUAACUUUGCAUUUCUCUACAUUAAAUUUCAUCUGCCAUUUUUUUUUAAUUCUUUAUUUUUGAGUGCAUGAAAAAAAAAAUAACAAUAACAUCAUUGUUGUAAGUUAGAUAUAGACAUACAAUGCACAAUUUUUCUUUAGGAAAACAAGUGAUAUGAGUUAUAGGUAACAUAUGCAUACAAGUUUUGCAAAAAUGACAAAUAUAUGUAAUAAACAGGCUAAGGCAUGCUAUUCUAGACUUUUGGGGUGAAGCCAACUCGGUUGCUAUUCUUGUAGGCUGGGUGGGGUGCUCCGUAACCCUGAGCUCGGGGGGUCACGUAGAUUGGGCAGCGCCAUGGUCGUGAUGUAUCUCCCAAUCUGCCUAAUCUGCCUGCAUUGGAGAUUGGGUAUGCUAGUUGGGAAGUAAAGUAAGGGGGGAAACUUACUGCCCGCUCCCUCCAUAAGGACUUGGAUUAGGUGUGGGGGUAGUAUGGAGGUGGGAUGCUGUUUUUUGUAUUAGUACAUUCCUUUGUGAGAUUCGUAGGCUUGAGAAGUGUGGGGCCAAGUCACUGGCUACCCCCCUAUUAUGUGCAGUCUGCGUUGGUUGUGUUGUGUUUCAGUGGUAAUACUACACUGUCCAGUAGAUAAGAUCAGAGUGUCACGUAUAUACCCUUAGUUUACAAUUACUGCAGUGUGGUGUGUUGUCAUAUAUAAGUAAAUUAAAUUCAACUAAAUUCAAAAUAAGUAAAUUAAAUUCAACUGAUACGGGUACACUUCAAGACCGGAACAUAUUUACAGAGUGAGGCUAUCAAAUAUUUACAGAGCAAUGUAGCAGUUAAUGGUUUGGGAGGUAUGAAGUAUUAUAAAGGAACAAGUCCUUCAAUUUUACAUACUGAUGAGUGUCAUCGGAAACAGUCAUAAACAGUCUCUAGGCAACCGUUGCAAGCACCAUGGGAUCGUUUUGCCGUGUACCAGUGACACAAAGAUUCAUAUUUUGCCUUAGCUUUCGCCACAGUAAGUGCUUGUAUAUGAGCAGGUGUGUUUGUGCCCAGGUAUGCCAGGGAUCUGCCAUUUUAUUAUUAUAAUAAUUAUUGCCAUUUAUAUAGCGCCAACAGAUUCCGUUGCGCUUUACAAUACUAUGAGAUGGGGAUUUAACUAUAAAUUGGACAAUUACAAGAAAACUACCAGGAACAAUAGGUUGAAGAGUACCCUACUCAAACGAGCUUACAGUCUAUAGGAGGUGGGGUAUAAGACACGUUAGGACAGGCAUUUUAGUGCCCAGCCCCCUAAUCUAUCUAAAUUCAUCUGCAGCAAAGCAAUAUUGUGCUCACAUUUGAUUACUUUACAAAGUUUUGUGUCAUCUACUAAAACAUGGCUUUCAAUGCCUAUUGCAAGAUCAUUUAUAAAUAUGUUAAAUAGAAGCGGUCCCAAAACCGAACCCUGAGGGACACCACUUACCACUUACAGAUUAUUGCUAAUAACAAAGUUCUUCCCAAUUAAUUCCUGCAUAUUAUCCCUUAAUAGCCCUUCAAAUAUUUCCCCAGUCACAGAAGUUAAGCUCACAGGUCUAUAAUUUCCAGGCAAGGAUUUUGAACCCUUUUUAAAUACAGGAAUGACAUCUGCCUUCCUCCAGUCCUCUGGUACAAUACCUGAAACAAAAGAAUCUUGAAAGAUUAAAUACAGAGGUUCACUUAUUUCCCCACUUUGCUCCUUAAGUACUCGUAUGUGAAUACCGUCAGGCCCCGGAGCUUUAUUUACAUUCAUUUUCUUUAAUCAGUACCUUGUCUCGAGUCAUCCAAUCACAAGUUAUCUGCAAGUUUUUUGCAGCAAUCAUUUGCAUACCUCUUUCCAUAGGAUUCUCAUGAAUGUAUAGAAUGUCCAUUUACCAUCAGUGUUUUUUUCACUAAUAAGUUUAUGCCAGUCGAUAUGUUGUAGAGCUGCCCUUAUUUUAUUGAAAUUGCCGUUUUUUUAAAUUAUACUUUUUAGUAUACCCCAUGUGCUUUUGCUUUUUUAGGUUUAUUAAAAAAAUUACCAUAUUGUGAUCACUGUUUCCCAAAUGCUCCCCUACUUGAAUGUUGGUCAAAAGAUCAACAUUGUUUGUUAUAAUGAGAUCCAGACAAGCAACCUUUAUAGUGGGUGCUUGUACCAGUUGUGACAUGAAGGUGUCAUUUAACACAUUCAAAAACCUGAUUCCUCUUGUUAAAGUACUAGUUACUCUAUCCCAAUUCAUGUCCAGGUAAUUAAAAUCUCCAAUAAUUAACGUGCUACCCAGAUUUGCAGCUUUCCCAAUUUGCUCUAACAGCUGUUCUUCCUCAUGAAUAUUUAUAUUCGGUGGUUUAUAACAUAUUGCAACCAAUAAUUGAUUUCUCAUCGUUUGUCCCAAGCAGAUAUCUACCCAUGUAGCUUUCACAUUUUCCUCGUCACACUCCACAUGCCUAAGAUUUGACUUUAACUCAUGGUUGACAUAUAAACAUACCCCACCACCCCUUUUGUUUUUCCUAUCCUUCCUAAAUAACGUGUACCCAUUUAAGUUAUCUGCCCAGUCAUGUGUCUCAUCCCACCAUUUUUCUGUUAUGACUAUUAUAUCAUAUUGUUUAGUGUAUGCUAUUGCCUCUAGUUCCCCCAUUUUGUUAUAUAGGCUCCUUGCAUUAGUAAGCAUACAUUUAAUAUCAUCAUGAGUCAUUUGUACUUUUUGUGAAUUUUCAUCAAUAUUACAUUCCUCCUCUGUUCUGAGCUUUCCCAUCCACCCAUCUCCACCACCCUUACACUGAACUAAAGCCCAUCUCCUUUCUAUCCUAUCUCCAUUUUCUAGAUUGCUUUGACCCUCCCCCCCACUAUUAGUUUAAAAUCUCCUCCAACCUACUAUCCAUCCUAUCCCCCAGCAUUGCAGACCCUCUUCUGUUUAGGUGCAAUCCAUCACGGCUAUACAGGUUGUACACAAGCGCAAAAUCGUCCCAGUGCUCAAAAAAACCCAAACCCUCUUUCUUGCACCAAGACUUCAGCUAUGCACAGAACAGGUAAUAUUUCUGAAAAUAUUAUCUUGGAGGUCCUUUUCUUUAGCUUACUUCCUAGGUCCCUGAAUUCAUUCUUUAGGACCACUUGUAAUAUUAAACCUAAACCUACUGCAUUAAAACCUGGCACCCACAUUAAUGCCCCCACACCGUGCUUUGUAAUGUGUAGUGGACCCCGGGUAACCCGACCGGUUACCUCCACUAAUUUGCUUCCUACAGCCAUUAAGGAACCCUUACAACAAGCAGGCAUUUAUUUUCCCCCCAAUAACUGGACGAAACACAGUCCUGGAGGUUACGACAUUGACUGACUUUGUUUAUUUUGUUACACAUGGGUUUACAAACACAGACCCCUACAUAAGGUCUCCAACACAAACAACAGGGGUUUCAAUCCCAAGAAGCUGAAGGGGAGGAAGGGCAAUGCAUCUAUGUUAAACUGGGCUGGCAGUGUCUUUGUGGCAACGUCCUGCUGGGACAGGAAAAGGGAGGGGGAAGGGGGAGAGACACAGACAGCAAUACAUUUCACUUCUAUACUACAGAGCUGCUGCAUAUACAGGCACAAUACAUGAAAGGCAUAAAAAUACAUGGGAAAACACAGAGGGACCACACGAUACAAGGGGAAAACACACGAAUAUGCAGUGGGCAAGGUACUUAGUGACGGCAGUCUGUCACAUAAUGGACUCUAAACAUGCAUUAAAGUGCCACUGUCACAAAUUAUGCAAUAAAGUGAUGAAUAAAGGAACACCAUAGUGUCAGGAAUACAAGCAUGUCUAGUUUUUAAAAUUACCAUCAAGGCCACAGACCCACUCUCUUUGCCUUAAAAAGGUGAUUUUACCCCACCUCUGUGACUGAUAUUUUCAAAUUUGGUGAUCUCAGCAUUUUGGACAUUUGGCUUUCAAUGUGACUAUAUCCCAUUGUGGACUUUUUCUUUGUUAUAUUUAUUAUAUUUAUUUUCAUUGGUUUUAUGCUUCUAUCCCUCAUUUAAGCUGAUGCUGCCUUAUUUUAAUGGAACUAUGUCAGUGCAGCCAUUACCACCUAUAUACUGUUCUUUAUAUACAGUGUUACACUAUAGUGCAUUUCUUUGUUUUCUGCACUAUUCACACCAUUUAGUGGAACCAUUCAUGGAAGAGGGUUGUGGAUUUCCCUUAGGAUCCAAAAACCGUCAUUCACUAGAGCCCAGUAUUUAUCUGACUUUUUUUCUGAGUGCACACUAUCCACUAUAAUACACUUCUCUAUAUAUUGUAGAAAUUAUCUGCACCAUUAUUUUUCCCUUAUCUAUUCCAGAUUCCUAUUGAUUACACCGUAGAAGUCAUAUAUUAGCUCCACACACUAGAUGUAUGUAUCGAAAUCUGACAGGCACGCGACCGCAGCACUGGCUCUACCACCCCUUGUUAAAAAAUAACCGUUCUAGCUCAAACAUACUCUGUAACACACUCACAUUUUCAGAAUUCUUGCCCAUUAACCACUGAUCAUUUCAAUGUAGGGAAAUCCCUGGAUGUAACCAGACUGUUCAUGGAUGCAUUGUCCAAUGUCCUUUUCUCAAUCAUAUUUGGGAACCGUUAUGAGUACAAGGAUGAGAGGUUUGUGAAGUUCUUGGCAGUGGUAGAGGAGACUUUUCACAUUAUGAGCUGCCCAUGGGGACAGGUAAAUGUCAUUAUUUAAGAGUUUAUUCCAUACAUUUGCAUGUACGUGUCAAGACAAGUGGAGCUAAGUGUUCAGAAAAUGCAUUAUAAAAAGGAAAACCUAUUAGAAACAGUGUAAUCUAUAAAUACUUGAAUGGUUAAAUUGCAUAGUUUAUAAGCUGAAAUAUAAAUGUAAUUGUAUUUAUGUUUGGAAUGUAUAAAUGAGCACACACUGAUGAGUGCAAGCAAACUUGACAGAAAAAAUAAGAAGGAAAACAUGCUGAUUAAAGUUAGAAUUUAUUGUGGUAUAUUUACAGAAAAGGGAAAAAAAAUCCACUCUAAACAAGAAGGGAACGAUUAUAAGGCAUUCUUCUUUACAAAGGUGGUUGACAAAGAAAAAUAAAUAAGGUGGCAGCUUUGAGAUCCCUAAUCAAUUGGUGGGGUGAGCAGGGUUUGACCUGUAGAUAGGGAUUUUAAAGUAUUACAAAACCAAUGAAUACGAGAACUUAGAAUGGACAAAGGCUUCGAGAAACUCCAUUGCUUGUCCUUUGAUAAAUCCCCUAUCAGGUCUCAAAAUAGUUACAUGGGUAUAUCAGACUGAUCCCACGCAUAAGGGCAUUCCAGAACCAAAAUAACAGCAAAUUAUCUCUACAUGAGAGAUACAGCAGCCCCAGAUAAACAUUUCAGCAUUCUUUGGAUUUAAUCAGUGAGAUGUAGCAGUCUAGUGCCUAUAGGCACAGAAAAAAAACGUGUCUGCAUUUUGGUUCUAGACUGCCCUUAUGGAUGGGAUGAGUCUGAUAUGCUUUGGAAUAUGCAAAAACUAUUUUGAGACCUGAGCAGGGAUUUACCGAAGGGCAAGCUACUGAGCUUCUCUUAGCUUUUGUACAUUUUCAGAGUUCUCAUAGUCUUUGUUGCUAUUAAACUACUCAGGUCAUCAGGAGAAUCUACUAAACAAGGACAAGCUGAUAAUAAAAAUUUUUUUAGGACACUUGAAUUUAGCCCAUUUGUCAGUUUGUCUUGGCAGAAUAUUGGUGCUGUAAACCCGAUUCAUAAACAAAAACAAAGAAUAGGAGAACGCUGAGUUUCUGUAUUGGGUUUACAGCAUCAAAACUCAUUUCUCUUUUUUCAGCAUAGUCUUCUUAAAUGGAAGAUAUUUAUGGGGUAAUCUUAUUAAAAAAUUAUAUUUUAUAAAAAUGAUCAAAAAUUAAUCAAUAACUUUUUUCUUAAUAUCAAAAAUCAAUAUUUUGGCACUGUUUCUCCUUGGUUGGUUUAACCCCUUAGUGACCAGACCAUUUUUCAAUUUUCUUACCGUUAAGGACCAGGGCUAUUUUUAAAUUUCCGCGGUGUUUGUGUUUUUCUUCUUACUCAUUUACUGUACCCACACAUAUUGCAUAUCAUUUCUCACCAUUAAAUGGUCUCUAUAAAAGUACUAUUAUUUUCAUCAUAUCAUAUAAUUUACUAUAAAAAAAUAUAAAAUAUGAUGAUAAAAUAUUUAAAAAAAAAAAAAAAUUCUCUAACUUUGACCCCCAAAAUCUGUUACACAUCUACAACCGCUGAAAAACACCCAUGCUAAAUAGUUUCUAAUUUUUGUCCUGAGUUUAGAAAUACCCAAUGACAUGUUCUUAGCUUUUUUUUUUGUGGAAAGUUAUAGGGCUAUAAGUACAAGUAGCACUUUGCUAUAUUUCCAAAUAAUUUUUUUUUUUUUAAUUAACGCUAGUUGCAUUGUAACACUGAUAUCUGUCAGGAAUCUCUGAAUAAGCCUUCAAAUGUAUAUAUUUUUUAAAAGAAGACAACCUAAGGUAUUAAACCUGGGGUAUUUUGACUCUUUUCAUGCAACCACCAAUCUAUGCCAAAUGUAAAAAAAAAAAUAAUAACUGGUGAUUUUUAUGACAAACAUAGCAAUUUAAGAAUACAUGUACUGAGAACUUUAAGGGUUACUGCCAAAAACACCCUAAUAUGUUUUCAGCAACAUCUCCUAAGUACAGUGAUACCCCACAUGUAUAAAGACCUUAUUUGGAGGGUGUACAUUCCAGUUUUCCAACUUGGAAUUUUCACAGCUGAUCAUCUUGCACCCAUGUCCUAUUUGGGACAUUUUUUAAGCCAGCCAAUGUAAUUUACCCCCAUCAAACCAUAUAUUUUUGAAAAGUAGUCACCCUAGAGUAUUUCAAAUGGUGGUAUUGUAACACUUUCCAUACACUAAUUCUACCACCAGUCUUCGUCAACCUUUUGGGUAGUCAUUUUUCUAAAGAGAGGGAAACAAAGUGCGGAUGAGAUAUGAAGGAAUAGGAUCAAGGGAAAAGGUGGUGGGGCUGGAGGACCAAAGCAGAGCAGAAACCUCUUCUGCUGUAGCAGGUGCAAAUGAGUGUAGAAUGGUGGAGGGUGUGGAGUUGGGUGAUGUGUUGGUAGGGGAAGGAGAGAAAUUAGCAAUCUCUUCUCUAAUUGUAGAGAUUUUCUCAUUGAAGUGAGAUGCCAUGUUUGUGGCAGAUAAGGUGGUAGAAGGAGGGGGAGUGAAAAGGCAAAGAAGAGCAUCAAAAGUGUGAAAUAGGUGUUUAAUAGAUAUAAUAUUAUAUAUAUAUAUAUAUAUAUAUAUAUAUGUAAUUUGAAAUGGUGUUAAUGUUGAAUCUUCUUAAUUUCUUCUUAUCUUCAGUUGAUUGAUAUAUAUAUACACGUCUUUUGUAUAUAUAGUCUUGGGCCAAAUGCUCGCCACAAUAAUAUAUGUCUUUAUUAUUGAAAAGUACUAAUACGCAAUCUGACUUACGGUUUCUUCAGGUUUAUUCUUAGUUACAGAUACAUAAUAAAACAUAAUAAAUGAUGUUACAGGAUAAUGGACAUUCAACAGCAGAUGGUAAUUGCUGGACUUCUUUUGCAUCCUUACAUCUUUACAUCUAGAGAGAGAGCCAGAGAGAGCCCAGAGCCAAGAGCCCAGAGAGAGAGAGUGACCUCAUGUCCCUCUGUUACUAUAUAGAAAUGCUCAUACUAACGUCAGCAUUUAACUCUAGCCAUAUAAGGUCAAGACCCCCACAUCCACAUUCCAGAGCUCUCGGACAAAGAAAGCCUUGUGACUUAUACCAUCUGUUACUUAUGUCAAUCCACACAUCCAUAUAUAUAAUCAAUAGAAACAUAGAAUAUGCAAUAUUCUACAUUCCCUCUGUUUAUGGUUUGUUUUAAAACCAUAACAUAAUGUCACUAACCUGCCCAUUCAUACACCACUUGUGUCACAUUCAUUGAGCAUAGAACAAGAUGUAGUCACAACUUUCUAUUAUAUGAGAGUUCUUAGAAGGUCGAGUUUCUAUCCCUCAUACUGCUUACUUUACUUCAAACUCCCUCUGUUUCAGCUAAGUAUUGAUAUCCAUGUCCAUGUUACAUCAUAAUUACUUGAACAUAAUAUAUACAUAUAACAAUAAUAAAUGAAUAAAAUAAAAUAUUUACAAACGUUGAUCCAAUAAACAAUAAAACAAAUCAGAAAGAUCUACCUGCUCUGGUACAUUCAUGUCUUUGUAGAUAACAAAAUCAAGAUGAUAACUUUCUAAAUAAUAACUAUCACUAUUAUAUUCCUACAGAUACAUAUAGCAUAGUAUUUUCAUUCUCAAUACCUGAUAUUACUUAAGUACUAAUACAUGU